ACGGUACUCCUUGACUCCUUCCCUUAUCUUUCCUCUCGGAAGGCCAGAACACAGACGCAGACCACGAGUUCCUCUCCCUCUCCUCUAUUGAAGCGUACUCGAAAUUCUCCAUUGAAGGGGAUUCUGAGCUUUCUCUCCUCCACUGAAGCAGUCUCAAAGGGUUUGGUUUGUGGUCUUGUGGAGCGUACUCGAAAUUCGCCAUUGAAGCGGCUUCUGACUUUCUGAGCUUUCUCUCUUCCAUUGAAGGAUUUGAAGCAGUCUCUAAGGGAUAUGGGGACAGAGAGAGAGCAGAGUAGCACAUUCGAAGCCGAAAGAGAGGAAAAAAGGAUUGUGAUGCUGGCACAAAGCAAUGAAGGCUUGCCUUCAGAAAGACUACAAGGUGGUACUCAAUUAUAUCACAUUCGUGCAGAAUGUCACUCGGUGGAUCUGAAGCACAAUAUAUUUACUCAUUCUUGCUUUCCUUCAAUUAUCAUGGCUAAGUUCUUCUCAUCUGCCAUGGUGUCAUCUUUGAAUAAAUUUAUCUACUUAGUGGGAGUGGGAGGAGCGCGGUCACCUGACGUCCAAUCAUCUGAUGAGUGUUCUUGUUCCAACCACACAUUCUACUCCGGCGGUUUAUUUCUUGACAUGUCUGAUGAGGCUCCAGUGUGGUGUCCAGCUCCUGUCUUCGUUGAGGAUAAUACUUCUCCCAACUAUGUUAGCUUUCUUGGCAAUAUUUACAACUUCGAAUCUGUUUGCCUUGCGCCCCAGGUUCUUGACUGUGGUGCCCUUGGCCACUGUAAGUCAAUUCACUCUCUCCCUAUCCCUCAAAGCCUUGCCGGUUGUAGUGUGUCUGUUCCUGUACUUCCCGACCCUUCCAACAAACGCAUUCUUAUGCGCCUCUAUGGUGGUCCCCUUUCGUUGCCUUCCCUCUAUGCUUUCACUCCCGAUCCUGAUGCUGAUGCUAUUGGGACAUGGGAAUGUCUCACCUCUGAUUUCCAACUUUGGGCUCAUGCUGCUGCUGUUGUUAAUGGGGUCAUAUAUUUUCACUGCCAUAGAGUUCCAUCUCUUCUUUGUGCUUUUCAUAUAACCAAGAAAAUAUGGUUGAAAGUCUGGUGGGAUUCGUGCUUUAAAGACAAUAUUGAUAUGAAUGUUGAAACUUUUAAUUUCGAUGCAAUGCUUCAUUUGGGCCACAAUAUUUUGUGCUUUGCUGGUUGGACACCCAUAUAUUCCCGGCCUACUGAUUUUACCCUCGAAGUCAUCUUUUACAAGUUCCAAGUGCUGGUCACCGGUGAAACUGUAACCGUCAAGGUCUGUGAUUCCUACUCAUAUGAACUUCCGGGAAGUACCAAUGUGUUUCAUUUCCUCCCCGUUUAGCAGGGUAGCUGCUGCUGAGGAAGAGUAUGGCAAUAGUGUUGGUCCUGAGGAUGAUUACUUGCUCCUAUUGCUUGCUCAUCGUCAUCCAAUUUCGGAUUCUGGAUGUUUUGCCAUUUAGUCUUGUGAUGACUGAUGACUGUUUUAUAGUGUCGUAUUUGGUUUACCAUUUUGUGGAAAUACUUUAAUUAGCUCUUUUAUGUGAACUAAAAGCCUAAAUAUAAGGAUGGUUGUUUAUGAUAAAAACUCUGAUUCCAAUGAACAACAAAUUUCUAGUUAAUUCAAAAUAACAUGUCCUUUGGUUACUUGGGUUUCCCAAUUUUCUAUUUCAUCUAACAUCCACUCAUAAAUCCAAAGAUGUAUCAAUCUUAUUCUUCUCAGUUUCUAAUGUUUUUGAUAUAAUAUGCAGCGUAACUAAACUCCAAUAUUCGAAAAACAUCACAUUUCAUGUCAACUUGAUCAUGAGUAGAUGUUAGCUCUAUUAAAGCAUAUCUCCGCUCUUAAAACACCAACCACUUCAGUCAAACUGCAAGCCAUUGUAGCAAUUGCAAGUGGCAAACCGCCACAUUCUUCAGCAAUUGAUCUUGCUGAUUCUUUAGUUAAACUACAAACCAUUCUCUUAUUUGGUCUACAAGGUCUGUAGAAGUAGUGAUACACAUUUGGUCUACAAGGUCUGUAGAAGUAAUAAUUUAGGCGUCACUCUAUGUGGUUCAAUACUCUGCUUCAUAGUUCAGACUUAAGUUUCUCAUGCACAUAUCACAUGAGGAGGGCUUGGGGUGAUGAUGGUGAUGUUUUUAGCUGCAAUGGACAUUGCCAUUAUGCAACAUAUGAUGACAAUCACGCAGCAACUUGCUUAUGCAGCAAAAUUAAUGAGCUAGAAGAGCUGGAGUAAUUGCAAAACAUUUGCAUUGAUGAGCUUGAAUGUGUUGCUAAGAAUUGAUUAAUUUAUGGAACUGUUUUUAGGUGAUGGUGGUGUAAUUUGUACUUCAUUAGGGUAGACUGUAGACUUAUUAAGUUGCUAGUUAAUUCUCGAGUAUUGCUUGGCUCUUCAUCAAUAUCGCAAAAAGAAUGAUCUAUUUACUCUGUAUUCUAUACGACAUAGUAAUUUUUAUAAUAGUUUAAAGUCAAAUUUGAUAAUUUCAAUUAUGGAUGUAAUUUCAAAAAAAUAAAAAGAUAAAAAAAAAGCCUCUAGAAUUUUCCAAGAAAACCCUUUGUAUCAUCUUCUUUAACAACUUACUAAAUUAUACUUGCUCCGUAUUACAUGCAACAA